AAGUCGCACGCGCAUGGGAGAAGCAACGAGAUGCUGAUAAAAUAGCGCAAUGGGGCAAGCGGGCAGCCAGCAGCACGCGCCGCUGCGCGCGCACCGUGCGCACACGCUGCCCCACGAACCGCUCCGACACGCGCCGAAGGUGCUCCCGUCCUUGACAGAGUCGCCGCGGCUGCGCAGUACGGACAACGGCGCCAUUUUGCACUCCGGGGGCACCAUCAGCGGACGAAGACCGACCUCUGUAGUUCCCGAGACCACCAGGACCUCACAUGGGCAUGUGCACUCCAACGCAUACCGGUCCCGGUCGGCAGGGGCCACGAGCGACAGCGAACUGCGGGCUCGCGAGAGGGACCCGCUGCAUCGCUCUUACACAAAUCUCGACCUUAGGCAUAACGAGAAUGGCGGUUUGAAUAAGAGAUUCGGCUCCGAGCCUGAUCUGCGAGAGGAGGAACCGAAGCAAAAAUCCAAGAGACAUUUCAGGAAGAAGUACCGAGCACCGCCACCGCCUACCAAUGAUCAGCACCGUGAAGGUUCAUCGCCAGAUUCCAGCGAAGGGAAUGCGAGACCGGAACCCCAAAGGAAGCUCCGGCUCUUCAGGACCAGGCAUGAGACCAAGAAGCUCAACCAUGAGCCUGAAGUUGCCAGGAACUCGUACACGGCCUACAAGUCCUUGGACGACCAGUCCUUCGAACGACGGUACAGGUCACCCUACAAGGACAAGGAACAACACUUCAAAUAUCCUGAUACUCAAAACAUGAUUCAGAGUACAGCCUCCUUGAAGAGAGAAGAACAUUUACUACAAAAGCAGGAUUACAGGAAGAGAAUAGACAGAGUCAGCGGAUGUAGAGCGAAAACAUCCAAGACAAACGACAGCGAAGCAUGGAAAACACCGUUGCUAAAUAGAAACUUUAGACAUUCAGAACGAUUUAUAAAGGUUGACACAGAACAACCCGUAUUAAGGAGAGAAAAGACUUUUGACGCGCUAAUCUCGUGUGAGCGAGACAGCGAAUCUCCAAGAACAACGCACGAAAGCAGGAUGAAAGCUAUAGGCGAACAGCUGAAGGGAUCCAGACUCCAACCGAGUGAGCCUUUGAGAAAAUCUCUUCCUUCACUAUUACCUAAAAAUAGUGAAGAAAAAGAUGACUUUCAAGCGGAACUAAAGAAGGCGACAAGUAGAAUAAGAAACGAAUUAGGGACUAAAAUUAAUGUAAGUGAAAAUAAAACUAGUCAGAACAAAACGACGCAGAAACCAAACCCAACGAAAAUACCGAGCAAAGUCAAAGAGUCUAGUCUUAAAACGAAUGUUAGCAAGCCAGAAACUAAAGCAGUUGUUAGUAGAAGACCUCUAACCAGAGCUACUGAAAGUAAAAUCAAGUCAACUGUAACUCAGAUUAAAGUCAAUGGUAAAACGAAUGUAAUAACACAUGGAGAUAAAGUGAGUAAAGAGAAAGGUAGAGCGAUACCUGACAGAGGGCAGGCGUCUGGGAAAGAGUCAACUCCUGAACACUCACCUACGAGAAAGAUCUCUCCGAUAAGAAAGAUUUCGCCCGCGAGAAAUAAGACGUCGAAUCAUAUUAUAUCCAAGGAAAAGCACACACCAGCUCCCUCAAAACAAUUCUACUUCGGCAUGAUCGAGAGCAAACAGUUCGAGGUCCAAGACCACCUGAAGGACUUCCCCGGCCUCGGCAGCCCCAUCAUCGAGGAGAUCACCAACUUCCACGCCAUCGAGCAGAAGCUGCUGGGCUACCAUGCGGAGGAUGCCGAGUUUGAGGAGUUCAAUGCCAAGCUGAAAGAGGACUGUAAGGUUAAGAACUUGUCUUCAGAAUCCGCGCUUUCCUCUGACGCGUCAGACUCGGACGGCUCUCUGGGAAUAGCGCUGCGCCUGCGCCCAACGCUGCCUAAGAAACAACGCGCGGUGCCGCGGUUCUCUCCCGCGGCAGCGUGGAGGCAGCUAGCGACGUUGGACGCUCUUCUAGCUUCAGAGACCCAACCUCUAGCCGUGGAGACCAAAGUGUCAGCCGACAUAACAGCCGAGUCCUCACCGCGGUCUGACCAGUCUGCCGACAAGUCGGGAGAUUCCGGCAUAUCGGGAGACCACGCGCACAGCGAUCAGCGGAUCGAAUCGCCUUCAAGACAAGUGCCCGACACAACCCCAGCCUGGACCCCGCAACAGGACCUCGGUGACAGCAGCUCUGACGGCGUCAGCGGAGCGCCCGCGCCACAGGGCUCCAGCCUGGCCACGUACAGUCCGGGCGCGCAGCCCUUCAGCCUGAGUCUGCCGCGCGACGACAAGGGCAAGCAGAUCCAACAAGGCUUCAAUAGCCUCCAAAAACUACGGAAAUCCGUCUCAGGGGCUUUAGGAGCGGCCUUGGGUUCCAGAAGGUUCGAUUUGGAACACGAGCCGAUGUUAGAAGAGCCUGAACAGAACUGGUUCUUGACGAAGUCCGCGCCGAAUUCGUUGAGCAAUCCGUUGCUGUACCAACCGCCAGCGAGAGCGAAGGUUGCUGAAGAUGAUAUUAAAGAGGAGAAUUCUACGCCGCCUUCGGAAAAGGAGGAAUCCAUAGCCUGGCGGCCUGGCAUAAACUACCUCUCCUGGGGCGGACACGUCAUGUACCUGCCCCCCGCGCCCUCCGCACCGACGCAGCCUCUGUCCUUGCUGGGCCCUAUUGACAGACCUGUCAGGAGUAAAUCCAGCGGCUCAUUAGAAGUGGCAGCGAGAGCGGCGCGCGCGGCGGCGUUAGCGAGCGAGAUGCGCGAACGGGAGCGCUCGGCAUCGCCAGAACUCGCACGCGCAUUGCCAGCGCGAGUGCAGCCGCAGCCUGAGCGUAACGCCCGCAGUCGCAACAAGCGCUUCACCUUCCAGUCAACAGUUCGUCAGCUGGAAAGGCGACGACUGGCAGAAAAGCUGUCCAAGGAGGCAGACCUGAAGGAGCAACAGAGACGCACCGAGCUGGAGGCCAUGAGAAGAGUCGAGGAGGAGUUCCAGAGAAAGCGUGCGAGGGAGAAAGCGAACAUCAGGCAGCAGCUACGGCUGGUCAGCAGCGGUGCAGCCAGCAUGCCGCUCUCCACACACCAUGGAAAGGCGCGCGAUGAGCCAGACGGCUCAUGCCGGGCAUCGCCGGCGCCGGAGCGGCCCCGGGACCGGCAGCGACACAGCAACGCGUCCUCAGAAAUCAGUGCCAGAAGCAAAAGCACUACUCCAGUCCGCUGCGUGGAGUUAUCAGAAUGGCGCACAGACAGCGCAGCACGCGUGUACCGCGACUGGGGAGGCUCCGGCGUCGGUCUGCCGGCGCACGCGCACCCGCCCGCCUGCGCGCGCAUGCCCAUCGCCAGACAAGCACAAGAAGUAGAAGCGUUCAGCGGCUCCCCCCGCUCAGACAACUACCGGCUAGAGUUCGCCCGCGGCCGCUCGCCCCGCUCCCCGCGCACCCCCCGACCCCCUCGGCUUGUAUCCACGCGCUCGCCUUCCAGCUCUGGAUCAGAACUGUCGCUGAGACAACCUAUCAAGAUCAGGUGGUGACGCGCCCGGCAUGUAGCAAAUUAACCUAACCCGCCAGUGACACUAAAGAAGAGGACGAACCAGCAAUAGUGCCCACACUACGGCCAGGCCCAGGGCGCGCUACCUUCGCAGUCCGCUGAAAUACUUGCUAAAACGGAUUCAUUUGGCUACGAAUUCUGCAGUGACACUAAAGAAGAAACAGCCAUAGUGCCCACACUACAGCCAGGCCCAGCUCGUACUACCUUCGCAAUCCGCGGAAAUACUUAUUGAAAGGGGCUCAGUGCCAAAUGUGAAUAGACAUCACCUGAACUAAUAUGUCCUAUGUGAAACGAGCCUAUACCUACAGCAACAUCAAAACGUAAACACAACCUCCCCUUUUAAAGGUGUCAAUAAAGUAAAUGACAGAACGUUUAAGGUGUGUACCCACAGUAACACACCUAACUGACCCUCGGUGGUUCUUAUAUCUUUACAAUAAGAUCUACAAUUCGACAGCAAAGUGGUAAAGUACAGUGACCAUCAAAUACAUCGGGGCGGCCGAAGUGCUCAAAAAUAUCUGAACAUGUACUCUAGCGCCUUGGCAAUAGAGGCGUGUUUAGAUUUGUAUGAGCACCUCGGCCGCUCCGAUGUGUCUGAUGGCGAUUGUACCACAGUGAUUUAGGUCAAACACACCCAGCUAUUCGAGCUACGAAUUUGGGCUUAGCAAACACCUUAAUGGCAUAACUUUCCGAAUAUCGAAUCUCAUUUUAAUUUUACAAUCGAUUUUGAACCUUAGUAGCAGCGUAUAAAGUUGAUUUUACAAAUGUAAUCUAUUGUGAUGUGACUGGUGGAAAAUUAUGUUAUUGUUGAAAGAGUUUUUGUCAUUCUCAAAUUGUUAUUGAUUGUGGUAUUGCCUUGUGGCUAGUUGGGUUAAAUAGACUAUUGUGGGUUAGAAUGACCCUGACCCGUUUAAGGUCAUUUCGGGUAAAAAGAGUCAUAAUUUAUGAAAGACGAGAUCAAAAGUAAUUUAAAAGCUGAUUAAAGGUUUUAUAAACUAUUUUAUAAUGUGUUGUUUAUAUUGUCUUCUUGAAUAUUUUUGAAAAUGUUUUAUUUAAAAAAUGUUGUCUUCCAUCGUAAGCGAAUAAGAAAGCUUUAAUACUGUAUAAACUAUAAUAACUUAAUCUAGACUUAGUUUUAAGAUCUGGUGCUAAUAUUCACAUUUACCUUCAUUAAUUGUAAUUUUCUUUAAAAUUAAUAAUAAACAAUAUUAAAAUAUGUAUUAAUAUUAAACUCGUAUCAAAAUCUGAUAUUGUCACUGGUCAUUAAACUCGAUCUAUAUUAAUACGAUAUUAUAAAAACGUCAGUAUAAUAAUUAAAACCUACCACGCACAGCUAAACUGUGGAAUGAACUGUCUGCGGUAUUUCCGGACCGACACGACCUUAAAACCUUCAAGAACAGAGCGUACUCCCAUCUUAAAAACCGGCAACGCACUUGCAGCCCCUCUGGUGUCCGAGGUGUCCAUGGGCGACGGUAAUCGCUUACUAUCAGGUGAUUCGGCUGCUCAUUUGCCUCCUAAAUCAUAAAAAAAAACAAAUUUACAGUGAAAUUCACUCUAAAGUCUCAAAUGACAUUUAAAGUUAGGUGUUUUAUAAUGGCAAGACGGUUAACAUUUAAUAGUCCGCACUGUUCUAAUAUACAUCGCAUAAUAUAACAAAUGUCUCUAUUCGCAGCUCUAACCUUUCAUGGUCGAUCAAUCAUAGGUACUGCUGUGUAACUUUUAAAAGCUUGUAUGAAAACUACAAAAGAAAAUAGACUUAAUCUUAUAAUCAGUAAGGUCCGAUAUUUAUCAACGACGGAUUAGAGAAAUAGGACUAAGAAAUAUGGAAUCUAAAAACGUUAAGUACGUUUAGUAGAAUUUGUAAUGGCAGUUAAUGUAAUUUAUUUUCAUAAAAUAGUUAUGACCAUUGGAAAAAAUCGGCUGAGAACUAUAAUGGUAGUUCGAUAUUGAUCAAUUUUGUAGGUCAAAAAACAAUGCUUUUCCUAUUUUGUUGGACAAAUUGAAGCAAUCUGACUCGAAUCUUGGUAUGCGGGAUAUUUGUACAUAAAAAAUUAGGUAUUUCUCCGAUAGUCAUAAACUUACUCUAAAUCUUUCUAUACAGUAGGUGGCAGGCUUGUCAUGUAAUAGCAUAAUAAACUACCUAAACCCCGUAAUAAAUAGCUUUAAUAGUAACCCAUUAAUUAGAGUAAACCCGCCCAUCAUAUGCUCGGAGUAAUUAACAAUGGAGCCGCCAUUAAGAGGCGUUCCCCUCUGUCGAAAAUAGGCGGCCAAUGGUCAACCACACUGCCCUGCUUAUUGUAUGUGCAGUACUUGCACGAAAGUCAUCGUUUAAAUAAAGAACUUAUUCAAAGAGAACAAGAUAAACAAUUGCAUGACAUUUCCACUGCGAUUACUACAUAUGUUGUUAGCACGGCAGCACAUGUCAACCAUAUGUAUGGACUGACGUUUAUCUGACAUGACGUACCUAUACAUUUGAUGUGCCCCUCCCCCGCAAAAAACGGCAGACUAUUUUGUACCGAAAAUUUUAGACAUGGCGUCUCCGUUGGUUAUAUCCUCUAAGAUCAUAUGUUAUACAGAAAAAUAAGAAGGUGUGGCUGAAUUGGGUUAACUCGGGCCACUAGAUCGAUGCGUGGUCAGGCAAUAAUAUGAUUAAGCAUUAAGUCCGUCUAGGCUAACUUUGUACCGAAUUGAAUAGAAUACCUACAAUGAAAUGAGUGUCAUUAUAAACCUCAUAUUUUCAAAGAAGUUUGACAUUAAUGAUGACAUUUUUACACUUUAACAUUGCAAAUGCCGAGCAGUCCGGCUCUACUGUAGUCAUAUAAGUAGAAAAAAUAGCUGAAUAACAAAUAGGCUAAGUUUUUUCAGCAAAAAUAUAUGCCUUUUAAUCCCGAGAUAUUUUGUAAGACCUAUAUAAAAAGUUUAGAGUUACAUAUAAUGAGAAGUGACAUUAAUAAAUUAUUUUUCGACCUUCGUUUUGUGAUAUAUCUAACAAUCAUAAAGGAAUAUAUCACUUGAUACAAUGUGACAAUACACGUUAUGGUACUUUCACACAGCUAUUAUAUAACAUCAGUGUUAUAAAAUGUUAUUUAUAUAAUAUCACCACUGUGUGGUUGCACCAUUACAGUUUUCAAUUCAGAUUAUUAUUUUAUUUAAAGAUGACAUGAAGCUAGACUUUUUGUUUGAUAUUAAUAAUGUAAUCCAGAGAACGUAAUAUACACAUUAAUAUUUACUAAUUAUACAUACAUUCCCAAUAUAUUACCCUUAUUAAAUAUAAUAUAAUUCAUAUAAGAAAUAAAGUAAUACGGUGCAAUAUACAAAUACAGUAAUAAAUGUAAGUUAUAUCACGAAAUAAAUAUAUAAUUCAAUGAAUCGCUCAAUUUACAUAAUAAUACAAUUUAAUAUAAGAUUGUAUAUAAAUAAGCGAACACGUAUAUGUAGAAAUAACAUACUUUAUGUUCAUUUAAGUUGCCCGAGCAUGCCAUUUUAUUGGAAAUACUUGUAUUUUUUUAUAGUUUCUAGUAUACCUAAUCAGUUUUUCAAAAACUGGCAAAUUGUUUCUAUGAAACUGACAUUAUACCUUUGUCAUUUUUUUGUGUAACUAUGGCAUAUUCAAUUGUGAAAAUUUGUAUAAAAACUUACCCGCAGUGUGUUACUCGUAUUAGUCUUAUGAACAUCUAGUUAGAUACAUUAUUUACCUUUUAUAUAAAUACUAAUAUAUACUCACAUAACAUAAGUUUGUAUAUAAAUGAAUCAAUCGUAACGACGGUGCAUGCAUAUUGUACAUAGUUCAGAAUGUACCUAGGUAGGUGUACUUAAUGGAAGAAAUAAACUUUUGUAUUUAA